AUGAAGAGUCGCAAGGUGGACGGCUCUGUGGAGAGGCCUGGGAUCUGCAGCCGAUGGGCGAUCACUGUGUCUCUCUGUGCCUCGUUCCUGGGACUGGGGAUGAGUAUCUCAGUUCUGGGGCCCACUCUUGGAGACCUGGCCAUCAAUGUGAAACAGAACAUCAGCAACAUCUCCCAUGUCUUUGUGGGCCGCUCCGCAGGUUACAUGGGAGGCUCUCUGUUGGCUGGGUUCCUCUUUGAGUUCAUGAACCACCACCUCCUGCUGGGGUUUUCAGUGCUGCUCACAGCAUUUGGUAUGGUUGCAAUUCCAUUCUGCAGAAAUGCAGUACUACUCACGGUGCUGAUGUCUUGUAUUGGCAUAUCCAUGGGUUCUCUAGACACAGGUGGCAAUGUUCUCAUCCUCAACACCUGGGAAGAACAUUCGGGACCCCACAUGCAGGCCCUACACUUCAGUUUUGCUGCCGGAGCCUUUGCUGCACCCAUCAUUGCCAAGCUUCUAUUUGGAGAAGAUGAUCAGCCAGCUGAGAACACUACCUUGGAAUCCAAGACUAACCAGCUGCUUACCCUGACUCAGAAUUCUUCCUUUUCCCCUGUGACCACUAUGAAAAACAAGUCCUUAGACGCCAUCCUUCAUUUCACCCAUUCAGAGUCCAGCACUAUGAUGGCUGUGUGGGCCUACAUCAUGAUUGGGGCCUUUGUCUUGUUAGUUUCCCUUCUCUUCUUCAUCAUGUAUUUCAGGAUCACCUUAUUGCGGGAACCAGCUAGGGCCACCUCUGGGAAGCAGAUUAUGGCCAAACACCACAACGCCCUCAUUUUUUUCUUGUCCUUCUUCUUCUUCUGGUAUGUGGGCGCAGAGGUGGCUUACGGCUCCUUCAUUUACACCUACGCCAAAGACUACAUUCACCUUGACACGUCACAGGCAGCAGGACUGAACUCCCUGUUCUGGGGCAUGUUUGCUGCCAUGCGUGGGCUGGCCAUCUUCUUCGCAGCCUGCAUGAGGCCUGGCACCAUGAUUGUGCUCAGUCUGCUGGGCUGUGUAUUGUCCUCCUUGCUGCUGUCCCUCUUCAGCCGCAAGAGGGUGAUUCUGUGGUCCUGCACUGCCUUGUAUGGGGCUUCUAUGGCAACUACCUUCCCCAGUGGUAUUUCCUGGUUCAAGCAGUACACCACAGUGACAGGCCGUUCAGCUGCGAUGUUCUUGGUUGGCUCUGUGCUGGGGACAAUGGUCCAACCAGCACUCAUUGGGUUCCUGCUAGAGAAGGUGCAAGAGCUGCCAGUGCUGAUGUACCUGUCCUUGGCCACAGCCAUCAUCACCUCCAUCGUCUUCCCCAUCAUGUACAAACUGGCCACGUCACCCAGUCGAUCUGGCCAGAACCCUCAGGAGAAGAGGCCAGCUGACGUCAGUAACAGUGAGCACUGUAUAACACUGACAGACAUGCGCUCCAACCAGGGCAAAACUUCUGCGGCAGCCACUCUGGUUUUGGAGAGCUCACCUGUGACCUUUCCUACCUGUGACCCUUCCACAGAACCAGUGAGUCCAUCAGCCCUCUCUGCCUCAGACUCACCUGAAAGAAGACCAGUCCUGUCUUAAGACACACAAGACAGAGACUGAGCAUGGUUUCCUACUGAGCUUGAGAAAAGGAAGGCAUGUUUUAGAUCCUCAAACAGAAUCCAAAAUCUUUCAUACCACACUAUAAAAGGAAAUAAUAUCACUGGAAUAAAAUUUGGA